AUAACCUUCAAAUUAGAAAGGGUUGAUCACAAAUGUUUUUCUAAUCCGCGUGUGUGAUUGUGUAAGUGUGACGUGUGUGUAACAACAGAGUGCCUUUGAAGAAGGUUAAAAAUCGUGUAUAUAAAUUUAUUUAACAUUCAAAAAAAAAAAAAAAAAAAAAAAAUGUCAGGAAAAGGAAAGAAAUUAAAAAAUAGAGUUGCUGAAAGACGAAAACGUCAAGUUGUUGGCAAAGAGGAAAGAUAUCGCCAGGAACAAGACAGAUCUGACAAGGAAGAUGGUUCAGAAUCAGAAGAAGAAUCUUCAAUUUCUUUUCCUGUUGCCAUGUGGGAUUUGGAACACUGCGAUCCUAAAAAAUGUUCGGGUAGAAAAUUGGCCAGACAUGGUUUAGUGAAAACAUUGCGACUUGGAGCACGUUUUGCUGGAAUUGUUUUGACACCAGUUGGAAAAAAAUGUGUGAGUCCAAUGGAUAAAAAAAUAGUUGAAGAACAUGGUUGUGCAGUUGUUGAUUGCAGUUGGGCACGAUUAGAUGACACGCCAUUUUCACGUAUGAAAACGCCAAAUCCAAGAUUAUUGCCAUUCUUGGUGGCAGCAAAUCCGAUAAACUAUGGAAAACCAUGUCAAUUAAGUUGUGUUGAAGCAAUAGCUGCCACAUUGAUAAUAACUGGAUUUCCCGCGGAAGCUGAAUUUUUUCUCAAUAAAUUUUCCUGGGGACACGCAUUUCUUGAAUUGAAUUCUGAGUUAUUGGAAAAAUAUGCCAAUUGCACGAGUACAGAGGAAAUUAUUCAAGUACAGGACAAAUUUCUAUCAGAUGCACGACAAGAGAAAAUUGACCGACUUGCAAUGCCGGAUUUUCCACCAUCGGAAAGUGAGUCUGACAGUGAAGAAGAAGAAGAAGAAGAAGAAGUAGAAGAAAAAGAAGAAAAGAAUACUACUGACACCAAAGAAGAAAAUUCGACAUCUAUAUCGAAAGAAGAUGCUGUUAGUAUAACUGGAUAAUAAAUAAUAAAUCUUAAUAAAUUGACUCGUUACCUGUAUAUAUAUAAUUUAUAUAUUCUUCUGAUUAAGAUAUAAUGAAAAAAAUUAUGUCAUUGUGAAUAAAUGAGACUUCUAAUUGUA